AAAUAAUUAGAGUCCAAAUUUUCUUCAUUUAUAUGUAGAGUCUUACAAAUCUAUUUUCACAGGCCAAUAAGCCAAAGAUUAAAUAAAAAUCUCCACAUCGCCGUCGAAUCAGUCAAAUUAGGAACCUGGAAAUCGAGAAUGCAUGGCCAUGAUUAGCUCCACCCGUUACAUUCCCUCCUCCCCCGCUCCUCAAUGGCACCCAUUCCUGAAACUCUGAGGUAGACAGAGAAAGAGAAACAGAACUCGCCAGAGGACUCAUGGCCAUGGCAGUGGCCAUAGCCCUCUUCUCCUUCUUGGUUCUCUUAGUCGCCCCCGUCGCAGUUGCAGAUGAGGCCGAAGUCCUCCUCCUCCUCAAGGCCUCCCUCACCAACGCCAACGCCCUCUCCUCCUGGUCUCCGGGAAAUGGCGUCCCCUGCUCCCACACCUCCUCGUGGGACGGCGUCACAUGCGACGCCGGCGCCGUCGCUAGCCUCCGACUCGCCGGCCUUGGACUCUCAGGCAGCAUUGACGUCAACGCCCUCGCUCGCCUUCCUGGCCUCCGCUCCAUCUCAUUAGACGACAACUCAUUCUCCGGCCCCAUCCCACCCUUCUCCCGCCUCCACGCCCUCAAAUCCAUUUACAUCUCCGGCAACUCCUUCUCCGGCCAAAUCCCGGACGAUUUUUUUGUCGCUGCGUCACAUCUCAAGAAGCUCUGGCUCUCAAACAACGCCUUUGAAGGCUCCAUCCCGUCUUCUCUCUCCAAAGCCGUUAGCUUGAUGGAGCUCCACCUCGAGGGAAACCAUUUCACCGGCGGAAUCCCUAAUUUACCAAUGCCGACGCUAGCUUCCUUCAACGUUUCAAAGAACCAGCUUUCGGGUCCCAUACCGUCGAGCCUGAGGAAGUUCAACGCCAGCGCGUUUGCCGGGAACGUGGGGUUAUGCGGGCCGCCGCUUGAGAACAUCUGUGUAGGUGCUGCAGCGGCAGCGGGAGCGUCUUCCGGGAGUUCAGCGGCGGCAGUGGGAUUAGUGUUGGUCAUAAUUCUGGCGUUGGGGGGAGUAAUGGCUGUCGCCGCAAAACGUCGAAAUAAUUCUGGUUUCAGGACGCUCAGCCUCGAGCACGCGACGCCGGGCAUUCAUAUGGCGGAAAGGAGGGAGAGGGAAGCACAGCAGCCUGAGGUUACCACCUCCGCUGCCGUCGCGGAGUCGACGGGAAAGGGGAAGAGGAGCAGCUCAUCGGUAAAAGGAGGAAGAGGGAGCGGGGAAAAUGAGUUGGUGAUGGUGAACGAAGCAAAGGGGACAUUCGUAUUGUCAAAUUUGAUGAAGGCUGCGGCGGAGGCGAUGGGGAACGGAGGAAUGGGAUCAGCUUACAAAGCCGUGAUGGCGAAUGGUUUGACUUUGGUGGUGAAGAGGAUGAACGAAAUGAAUCGGGUAGGGAAGGAGACGUUCGAGGUUGAGAUGCGACGGCUCGGCAGACUCAGCCACCCAAAUGUACUCCCGCUGUUGGCCUACCUUUACCGGAAGGACAAGAAGCUUCUAAUUUCCGAGUACAUUCCCAAAGGCAGCCUCCUCUAUAUCCUCCAUGGGGACCGAGGAAAAGACCACGCGGCGUUGAAUUGGCCGACGAGGUUGAAGAUAAUACGAGGAAUAGCUCAAGGAAUGGCGUUUCUGCACUCGGAGCUGAAUUUCAUCGUUAUCCCCCAUGGCAAUCUUAAAUCCGCCAACGUUCUUCUCGGCCCCGACUUUGAUCCUCUGCUCGUUGACUACGGAUUCCUUCCUCUCGUCAACCUUUCGCAUGCCUCGCAGACAAUGUUUGCCUUCAAGUCGCCGGAGAUUCUCGUCAACCGCCACUUGAGUCCAAAAGCCGAUGUCUAUUGCCUCGGCAUCAUCGUCCUCGAGCUCCUCUCUGGCAAGAUUCCAUCACUGUAUCUCAACGACACCAAAGGCGGGACUGAUCUCGAGCGCUGGACUAAUUCGGUCCUCGCGGAGAACAUUCCGUGGAGUAUUAUUGAUCCCUUCAUCACGCAGGGGUUUAAGUCUGAGGUGUUUGAGAUGGAGCAGAUGGUGCGAGUUGGGGCGGAGUUGAUAGAUGCCGACAUGGACCGGCGGCCGGAUAUGAAGGAAGCUGCGAGGAGGAUUGAGGAGGUGGCGGAGAAGGCCGAGGGACGGAGAAAGGAGGACGGCAGCGCUUCGGCUGGCUUAAAUGAAUCGUUGAUGAGGGAGGGGCAGACCCCCGCCGGAUUAAGUGGAGAUGGCGUCGGAGUGCGCCGAACGGCGAACACCCCAAAAAGGUCGAAGAGCAUUGAGGAUUAUCUGUAGUAUGUCAUCUCUUGAUUCUGCUUCAAAAUUUGGUGGGUGGGGUUUUAAAGGUUCGAAGGAUUGGAAUAUGUGGUAUUUAUUUUUUUGGGGAAAAUGUUUGGUAUUUUCAAUUUACUAUUU